AAAAAAAAGGAAUAACACAAAUCGCCCCAAUAGUUGAAAGUUUGUUUACUUUUUAAAAAUGUUGAAAAGAUCCAAAAAUUCCAAAUGUCUACGACCACCUUCUCCACCAACCGUAGAAGAAAUCCUCAAAGAUGCAGAAACAUUUCAUGUUGAGCUGCAUACAGAGCCAGAUAAACGGCAAUCGCCGAAUACCGAUCGACAACAGCAUGAUUGGUGGACGCGUUUCGAGCAAGCAGUAGCAGAUCAAAAGAGUUUGAUUAUGCUGGACAGUGAAGUUAAGAGCUACAAACUUAAGUUAGAAUCGACAAAAAUGGAAUUGGAAACGGAAGCUCAGUUGUUGAAAAAUGCUAUUGAGGGGCAAUGUGAGCAAAUCGAUGAGGUUUUGUCAAACGGUAGUUGGUAAAAAUGUCAGUAUAUUUUACUAAGGAGUAGAUGGGAUUGCGUGUGGCACGAUUAAAUCAUCCUCAACAUUUUUAUUACACACUAGAAUUUAUAAAUAAAGUUUACACAUGUAAAAAGAUCAA